AUGGCCAUGAGGAUAUGUAAACAGAAACUUGGAGCAAUGUGGUCGAAGGGAAUUGCUAGUGAGUUGUGGAUCUGUGGCACGGAAAUACGAGAACUUUCACUGAUGGGUUCCUCGCAGGCUCGUGUUAAAAUAACCGAGCCUGGUGGUGAUGAUGCAGACAUGUGGACGCUGCAGACUCGUGUUAAAAUAACCGAGCCUGGUGGCAGCAAAUCACCAUGGGCGUUAUGGUGGUCGUAUGAAGGACUUUCAGGGCCCAGUUUCUGGGGAGAAUUCAACCCGGAAUGGACGAUGUGCAAACAUGGCCGCCAGCAGUCGCCAAUUAACAUCGAACCUUCGAGACUUCUGUACGACCCAAACUUGAAACAUCUCCAGAUUGAUUUUUCAGCGGUCAAAGGUUACCUCAUCAACACGGGUCCGGAUAUCACAUUGAAGAUCCAGCCGGACGGGUACCGCCGUAUGAACGUCAGCCUCGGUCCGCUCUCCUACAACUACACGGUCACCGAGAUCAAGUUCCAUUUCGGAAACGCCGACCACAUCGGAUCCGAGCAUCGUAUUGCAAGCAAAUCGUUCCCGGUGGAGAUGCACGUUAUAGCCUAUAACUUGGACUUAUACGCAAACACUUCGGUCGCAGCUUCCGGUAAUAAGGGUUUGGCCAUUGUUGCAGUGUUCAUGGAGAUUGCCGAGGAAACGAAUAAAGCAUUUAAUUUGAUAAGCAAAGAAUUAAAACGACUGCGGAAAAAAGGUUCAAUGGCUCGUGUCCACCAUUUAGCACUGGAACAACUCCUGCCCAGCACAGAUAACUACAUCACGUACGAUGGGUCACUGACCCAACCUGGCUGCCAGGAGACUGUCACGUGGCUUAUACUCAACAAACCUAUAUAUAUUUCUAAACAGCAGUUGUCUGCCCUGAGGGUGCUGUACAACGGGAGAGAAAACAACCCAGAACUGCCCCUGGAAAUCAACGCCCGUCCCCUGAUGCCUUUAAAUCACAGAGUGGUUAGGACAAACAUCAAUUUCAGAAAAAGAUCGCGUAUAUGCACAAUGGAACGAGAUAUGCACUAUCAAGGGAUUGAAGGUAACAUAUGUGGCUUCAAUCUCAGAAGGGAUGCCCACUCAUCCGGGCACUACUUUCAAGAUGGCCGCCAUUUUUCAAAAUGGCCACCGUUUUUCGAGGUGCGAACACUAAAAAUGAUAGAAAUAACCGAUUUCAAUGAUUUUAGUGUCGAUUCUAAAACUGAAUAUUGA